AUGAGAAAAAGAGCUAGGUAUAGCUUUGUAAGCGUGGCUAAUGAGAACGCAUACAAAGAAUUAAGACAGUUGAACAGGUUACCGAGCAAUAAACGAUUGGUUCAAAAUUCAAUAUUUUACGCCGUCAAUAAAGAAUUGCUGCAAGUAAAGGAAGGUGUUCGAGCCGUGUAUGAUGUUAUUGCAAAAGAUACUGAACUCGAGGAUGAGCAAAUGAAUAACGUUGAAAUACAAUUGAAAAAAUCACUUAAGAAAGUGCGUCGCAUAUACAAGAAGACUCAAGAGUACAGAUCAGAAAACGAAAAAUACGAGGCAUCGGAUUUAAUUGACUCAGCGGCAAUCGGAUUAAAUAGUUUGGACGAAACUGCCAGACGAUUGGAAGUGACUAUCGAUAGAAUCGUGGAUAAAAUGACCCAAAUAGAUGCCACAUUUCCGGAAAAGAAUCGGUUGUUAAGUGAGGAGAUAUUCAAUCAGCACCAUUAUCCCUUGUUCUUUGAGCAUAUGCGAGUCAAAUGUCCUCAAGUACUAAAAAAAAGACCCUUAGGAAACGAAUUCUAUUCAAGAGCACUGACGUCUGAAGGCCCCUUUUUCUGUUCACCGAAUACUAAUGCCAAUGACCCUUCAUUAAGAUCGGAGGACGAACAAAUAGCUGAAAGCAUUGAAGAAACAAUUUCUCGUUACAGGAGAACAAAAACUAAAGAACAUGGAACUUCUUUCGCCUCUAAGUUUGAUGCCUUCAUUCCACCCACCCUUAGGGAGGCCAGCUUGCCCGUUAUUUCAACCACAUUUGAAACAGUAAGUACAAAAAGUUUUGACCCAAGUUUAUCUUACGAAACGGAUGAUGUUAAGUGA